AUGGAAUUCUUCGCAUUUGUGGUGAUGAAUGUCCACCUAUUAUUGGGAACAUUCUUCAUCGUUGUGUUCUCAUGUAACAGCAUUUUUGGAGCGAGUUAUGAUGGUGACAUGCAGACACCCAUCAACCAAUGGUCAACCCCUGCAGACACCCCAUCAUAUGAUGACCAUCUUGCAUUAUUAACCUAUGAAGGGGACCAUCCAUUAUUAAAACAGCACAGUUACAAAAAUGCUACGUUUUUGUACGCUCGGGGGCUUGUCUACCUUACAGCAGAUGGCUUUAGUAGUCCAACAGACCCUCUUUACGUUUCCUCCAACAUACCGGAAGAUGCGAGGCCUCCAGUUCUACAGUCUGCAACAUUUGCUGGUAGCAACCUUGUAAUGGUUGUGACAGGUGUUGUUGUUACGUACAAUCUUCAAACCCAACGAGUCAUCAGAGCUAGUGGGAUUCCUCAUGACAUCAUAAUAACCAAUGUUGCAUCACAUCAAUGCUGCUUUGAAGACAGAGAAUGGUGCCAGAAACAAGAUGGUUUAGUGAUUGCCUAUAACAACCAAAGUUUGAACUCCAAUUCAGUGGAAUACUUCCUCUCUUAUGAUGCCGGCUGGACCUUUGUUGCAAGGCAACUUCAACUGGAUUUUGAUAUCAAGUCUGGAAUCAGUGGAGCUACAGUUAUUGGGACACUGUCUUCUGUUGCAUUCCUAGUCCUCAAAGAUGAUUCAGACGAGGGGAUAUUCAUCUAUGACUCUUACAUCGACCAGACCAAUGCCAACAUCGCCAAGCCUGUAUCUGUACCAUUUGCUGUGACUGGGAACCAGACAUCGUUCCUACAGGCUGAUGGUGGACUUGGUUGUCUGGUAGUUUGGGAUAGCAAGGAUGUUUCUUACAGUACUGUUUCAGGAAAAGCAGUUGUUAAAGUUACUAUUCUGUCUAACAUGCAGUCAUCUCUAUUGAAUGAUGGAGAGGCAGUUCAAGAGGUCAUAUCAAACAAGAAUGGGGACUUUGCAAUUCUGACAACUACUGCAGACAUAUACUUUGGCCGAGAAGGGAUUCCAGCAAAAACAGUGAAGCUUCCUUUCAAGGACCCCUUACCAAGCCCCAUUUCUUCCUGCGUCAUUCGCUUCACACCAACCAACAACAUCCAAGUGCUGUACCCGGGCAACAUGUUUGAAGACAAUUCUCCAACCAAGAAGCUACAGUUGAUGUCACAGACCAUAUAUGUACAGCAAUGCCUCUCUAAAGUCACACCAGCACUCACCAAAUGCCAGCACCAAGGAUUUGAUGCAGCCUUUCAUGAUCAAGUAUUCUACAUGGACAUUGGUCAGCAGCUGAACUUGACCGCCAGUGUCAUCCCCAAUGCAUGGGAAGAUAUUAGCUAUAUGGUCACUGUCUCCAACCCUGGUAUAGUUUCUCUCACAACUACCCGUGAGAUCACAGAAAGGCUGGUAAAAGGUGUGACCACAUCAAACUUAAUUGCUCACCUUUCUCUGAUGUCAGAUACUCUCCCGAAUGGACAUAAAGAUGCAGCUCGUGGAAUUUCUUCUCUUAGGAUGAGUGUAUAUGACUCAAGUCUAAUGUGUCACCACAAACAGCAAGCAGUAGCGUAUGUCGUAGCUGGAUGUCCACCCAGCAGACAUUUAAGAAUCAGAAAGAUUGAUGAAACAUGUGAUCAUAUGAGAAACAUUGAGUACACCAUUGCUAAGAAUAUGUAUGACCCAAGCUUUCUAAUGGGUUCAAAUGGUGUCACUGCAUCAGAAGACAAGAAGGUUUUGUAUGACUACAGACAACUUGGCUGCCCGAUUGUUGUUUACUACCAAGACUUGCUGAAACCAAUUGUUGACUUGUAUGAAGGUGAUGAGUUCAUUGAGGAAAUGAAGGAAGAUUUUAUUGUGAGUGAGAUCCAUGGCAUGUUGACAUACAGCUAUACACAGACCGCAUCACAGGCAGGUUGUAGGUCCCAGCCUCAGAGCUGGCUGUCACUCCUUGAGGCUCAAGACACGCCUGAUCCAGCCACUGCUUGGACAAGACAGAUUUACAGAAGCUGCAUGGAGGCAGAUGAGAUAGGACUCUCCAAUCCGGAUCAACCCUACGAAGUACUAAGCAGUCAGAACAGUAACCAACUCUCAUGGAGUCCUUACAAUGGUAUCUUGGUAUUCAAUGUGUCUGUCGUUAACCCCGAUUACAGCUUCUGCCAGCUACGUGGCCAGUUUGCCGUGCAGGUGUAUGGUACCCUUCCUAAGUCCACCAUCCCACCUCUUCACAUCAUGCUCUAUACAUGUGGGUUAGGAUUAGCCGUUCUCUUAGCUUUCUACCUCGCCCAGAAGCUAUGGCCGGAGGAUGCAGACGAUGCAGGAGGAAAAGGCGCAGGAGAUGCCCAAGAGAUACAGUGAUAAGAUCAGCGAGGGCAGGUCCACUUGAAGAUGGUAGCUUUAAUCUUUUUCUUAAAGGCACUGGGGUGGAUUUCACAAAGAUAUAGGACUUGUCUUAUCUUGAGUUAGGCUGGUUGUUAGUUAGGACGAGUAACUCACCCUAACUUCGGACUAGCCUGAAGUUUUUACUAUCUUCUACGACUAGUCCCAAUUAGGACUAGUCUUAACUCUUUGUGAAUUUGCCCCCUGGACACUAUUGGUAAUUGUCAAGGACCAGUAUUCUCACUUGGUGUAUCCCAACAUAUGCAUUAAAUAUGGAUCUGUGAAAAGUUUUACUCAAUUACUCAAAGAAGUUGCAAGAAUUUUUUUAAAGAAAAAACAGUCUAGUUGCACCAAAACCGAAUGCCCAAAGUUUUAUUAAUAUAUGAGUGAGAACCUUUUUAAUCAAAAUGGCAGUAAAAACCUUUGGUUAAAAGCCUAGAGCAGCUCUCGAUAGUAUAAAGCAUUUUGACCAAAGGUUUAAAUUCGAAGU